UCAAUGGCCAAUCCUAGCGAAGCUUCUGCACUUAGGUUCAUUGAGAAGCAUCUACUCGACGAGCUCUCUCCAGUGGCUACAGAUCGAUGGAUGAUACACGAAUCAGCUGCAACGGAAUCUAGCUCCGAUUCUUCUCCUACGAUCUUCGGAUCACCAGCAGCUCCAAUUGAAUUCUCUGAGUUCGAGAAUAAACCUGAAAUCAUCGAUCUCUCGACGCCGAGAUUCGUAGAUUUGAUUUCUAGUCCAUUUGAAUUCGACUCGGAGGUUUCUCUCUCUGAUUUCGAUUUUAAACCAUCUUACCAAACCGGAAAUCAAUUCGAACCGGAGAUUAAAACUCAAUCGAACCGAAAACCGCCGUUGAAGAUCUCCGUACCAACCAAAACCGAAUGGAUUCAAUUUGAUCCCCAACCGGAAGUUACUAAACCGAAGCAAGCAAUCGCUGAAGAGAAGAAGCAUUACAGAGGAGUGAGACAAAGACCCUGGGGGAAAUUCGCUGCGGAGAUCCGAGACCCGAAUAAACGCGGAUCUCGCAUUUGGCUCGGGACGUUCGAUACCGCGAUUGAAGCGGCUAGAGCUUACGACCAAGCAGCGUUUAGACUUCGAGGAUCGAAGGCCAUUCUGAAUUUCCCUCUCGAGGUCGGGAAGUGGAAGACACGCUCCAACGCCGACGGCGAGAAGAAACGAAAGAGACACGACGAACUAGAGGAUGUGACUGUGGUAGAGAAAGUGUUGAAGACGGAACAGAACGUUAACGGCAAGGAGACUUUCCCGUUCGUAGAGUCAGACUUGACGGAGUUGUACGACUGGGACUUAACGGGGUUUCUGAACUUUCCGCUUCUAUCGCCGUUAUCUCCUCGUCCAUCGUUUAGUUAUUCGGAGUUGACCGUUGCUUGAUUUUUUUCUAGUGUCGGCGGUGUAUAUGCUGAUGUGGAAAAAAUAGUACACGUUGGUGCAUGAGAUUUAAAAGGCAUAUACGUCGAUACAGGUGUUUAUAUUUUUGACUUAUUUCUAUUUGUACAUUUUUUUCAUACUACUACGUUAUUUUAUUUAAUGAAGAUCGGAGAAUCGGUUUGUGUGUUA